ACAGCUCUACUGCUAUCUUUCCUCCCUCCCGUCUGGUGUCUUUGAACACAGAGAGGCAGCCAUGAAUUACAGGACAGUAGUAAUGUACAUGGAGAUUGGCUGCUUUGUGAUCUGUGUGUGUGGAUGGAUCCUGGUCUGCUCUACGAUGCCCACUGAGAUAUGGACCUGGUCUGAGGUAGACAGCAUCGUUCUGACCAGUUCAAACUACUUCUCCAACCUCUGGAAGGAUUGCGUUUCUGAUUCAACUGGAGUGUCCGAUUGCAAGGGUAUCCCAUCGAUGUUCGGACUUAACUGGGACAUCCAUAUGUGCCGAGGUCUGAUCAUCACCUCUAUUAUCUUGGGAUUCUUCGGGGCCAUUCUGCUCCUAGUCGGAAUGAAGUGCACAAAGAUAGGAGGAUCUGAGGUUACAAACGCAAGAGUGACUUUCGCUGGAGGGAUGAACUACCUUGUAUCUGGGUUGUGUUCCAUGAUUGCAUUCUCUUAUUAUGGAAACAAAGUAAGAGAAGAAUUUCAGGAUCCCAAUUUCAGGGCACAAAAGUAUGAAAUCGGAGUAGCUGUGUACAUUGGCUGGGGAGGCUCCACCCUACUGGUCAUUGGGGGCCUCAUUUGCAGUAUCUUUGCGGGGAAGGAAGCAUGUCAAUCAAGCUCAAAGAACAAACACAUGCCUGUCUACAAGCUCCCUGACGCCUACAUUGCACCUCCAGCUGAACAGACGCUCAGACCGAUGUCAACAGCGCUCACAGAGGGUGGAGAGAGCAGUAAAGUUAGCAGUGAGACUCGGAGCAGUAGGAGCAACAGCAAGAAUCCUUCCAGUUUGAAUGCUUAUGUGUAACCUGCUGUAGCAGCCUACAGUUUGACAUAAUAAGCUAUUCUGUGUUCUAUCCAUAUU